AUGUCUGACAAGAAGAUCAAGGCUGUCGUCGCCGGUGCCUCCGGUCACUGGCUUCCUUCCCCCGACGAUGGUGCCAAGGCCGCCUUCAAGGAUGCUGACAUCAUUGUCAUUCCCGCCGGUAUUCCCCGCAAGCCCGGCAUGACCCGGGACGACCUGUUCAACAUCAACGCUGGAAUCGUCAAGGGACUCAUUGAGGUUGCUGCCGAGGUUGCCCCCAACGCUUUCAUCCUUGUCAUCUCCAACCCCGUCAACUCUACCGUCCCUAUCUCUGCUGAGGUCCUCAAGGCCAAGGGCGUCUUCAACCCCCAGCGCCUCUUCGGUGUCACCACCCUUGAUAUCGUCCGUGCCGAGACCUUCGUCUCUGAGAUCACCGGCAAGGCUACCUCCGAGCUUACUGUCCCUGUCAUUGGUGGUCACUCCGGUGGCACCAUUGUUCCUCUCUUCAGCAAGGUCACUCCCUCUGUAACCAUCCCCGACGACAAGUAUGACGCUCUUGUCAACCGCGUCCAGUUUGGCGGUGACGAAGUAGUCAAGGCCAAGGAUGGCCUUGGCUCUGCCACUCUCUCCAUGGCCUUCGCUGGCUUCCGCUUCGCCGAGAAGGUCCUCAAGGCCAUCAAGGGCGAGAAGGGCCUCGUUGAGCCCAGCUUCUUCUUCUCCGUCCCCGUCGAGCUCGGCCCCAACGGUGUUGAGAAGGCUGUCGAUGCCCUUGGCGACCUCACCGAUAAGGAGAAGAAGCUGUUGGAUGCUUGCAUUGGCGAACUCAAGGGCGGCAUCGAGAAGGGUGUCAACUUUGUCAAGAACCCCCAAAAGUGA